GGGUUGACUAGUCAAGCCUUGAAUGCCACUGAAAAUUGGCUCCAGACAAGAUGAUUCCCAAUUUUUGCUGAGCCAACAUCAUCUGGAAACCAAUUUUCUAUUCAAGAAAAACUAAUAUCAAUGGUAAUAAAUUGGAGUACAGCUCUUAUUCUCUCUGGUUCCCCACCUUGUAGACCACCAUUCUUGAAAGACCCAAGGCCUCAUCUUCAUCCUCUCUCCCAUUGAAUCCAUGGGAGAUUACAGAUCAAAUUCUUAUGCAGAUGGCAGGAUGCAGAUGGAGAGCUACUAUGGAUACAGACCCAGUUCAAACCCUUAUGGGCUCAGGUCUUACAGUGCUUCAUAUGCUGCUUCUUCCUAUGCACCAGAGCAUAUGGGUGGUGCCAAAGAUUUGAAGCUAAAGAAAUCCAAAACCAAGAGUGGGUCUUUUUCCUGGGGAAUCAGUGAUCCAGAGUUUCAGAGGAAGAAGAGGGUGGCCAGCUAUAAGGUUUAUUCUGUUGAAGGCAAGGUCAAAGGGUCCCUGAGGAAGAGCUUCAGGUGGCUUAAGAACAGGUACACCCAGGUGGUGUAUGGAUGAUGAUGCUUGCUAACUGUUUGAUAAAAUGCCAAACUGUGUAAUGGGUUGUCAUCAGAAAUUCAUGAUUUGGAUUUUCCAGGAAAUUAACUGGUUUCCUUUUGGUAAAUUCUGUUUCUGAUACUUGUUUUAGGUUCUUUAUGGGUCUAAAUAUUGUCAUGGUAUUGUUGUUUCUUGAUGUUGGUGAAUAUGAAUGUGCUACGAGAACAUAUAUGAAGUGCCUAAAUGAUGGUCUUUCAUUAUAAA